AUGGGAACAUUUCCAAAGACUGCAACAGGCGGAGAUGGUGGUUCUCUCGCAGUUACAUCGCCACCACCAGCUCCGGUGAUUGAAUCCGACAUUUUUGACCACAUCAGCGCUAAUCCGCAGGUUUUCUACAAAAGCCAACAAAUCAGCGAUCCCGAACUGACGGAGAGCGAAAAGCGAACGAUACUUCGUGAUGUGCUCAACAAAAGUCACUGCACAUUCCUUUCCCGGUUUGGCCUUUUCAUGCGGGAUGACCAUCUGCGCUACUUCGAGCAGGACGAGCAAACGCUAGCAUACAGUCCGGACGAACGGUACGAGAUCGAUCAUCAUUUGGAGCGAAUUCGGAAACUGCGCAACGGUGGACGGGCGAUCGAAGUACGCAACCGGCGGUAUGCCGCACUCCAGAGGAUGUGUGACGAUGGGACGUACUUCAGCGAGACGGAAAUGAUGCAACGCGAUCCACUACUAUACGAUCAGCUGGUGGGACAAUAUCUGACCGAGCAGGAAAAGCAUGCACGGGAUGCAACUCCAUUGGAACCGCGGAGUGUCGUUGGGAUCUUGCUAAAACAGAUCGAUAAAGAUCAGGCGGAGAAAGAUUUGCAGCAACAGAGGCAGGUGGAGGCACAGCUGGACGGGGAACCAUCGCGUCCAAAUUCGCCCAGUUUCCCACGAGCUCAGUGGGGUAAUUUCGAUGAGGAAGAGGAAGCACGUGUCGCGGCCCUGAAGAGCCGUAGCAAGCAAACGCGACGGCACGCGAUACCGGCCGCCCAGCUGAUGACGGCCGGCGAGCGGAAUCUGUUGCGCGAUGUGUUUGUGGGCAUUAUGCACGCGAGAUUUUUAGCGGGCGAGGAUAAAGAGUUCGAUUACACGGAGAUAGACGAUUCGAGCGCGUAUGACGAUCUGGACACGGUGGAUCACGAUGAGCAGGAGAAGUACUUCAAUCGCGAUGACGAAUCGGAUGCUGGUGAGGAUGCCGGGAUGCACAUCGAAACGGGCGAAGAAGACGAGAGUGAAGACGAUUUGGACAUUUACAUGCGCCAUCUGAAUCGGCAUCUGGAGCAGCAGCAAAAGAUGGCGGCGGAGGACGCGGCCAAACCCACCGUGAGCACGAUGGACCGUGAUCCGGACUGCGAGUACGAUAGUGAUGAUUGA